AUGCCUACAUUAAAUGAUAGACAGAUUAUUCUCAGAGAUCUGAAAGAGAAGAUUCUCAAAAAGCUUAUCGAAAGACAGCUUUCUCUGAAUACAUCCAUAUUAAAUAUCGUUAAGGACAUCUCUGAACUUUUAAUGUAUCAGAUUGUGCUUGAAAACAGAUACCUUUCCCCAAGACUCCGUAUUCAACGAGCUCCAAGCAGAAUAGACUGGCUUUUAUAUCAAUUAUAUGAUGACCGAUUCAGACAGGAAUUCCGCAUGAAUAAAUACUCUUUCCAUGCAAUACUUAGAAUGAUAAAGAGCCAUUGGGUUUUCAAAAGUGAUCCCCGCAAGAAGCAGCCAGAACCAAUGAUUCAGAUGAUGGUGGUCUUAGAGCGGCUAGGUACACAUGGAAAUGGUGCUUCUGUGGGUUGCACUGCACAAUCAAUGUGUAUCAGUGAUAACUUUUACUGUUUCUCAACUAUUAUAUGCAGUGUACAUACCUUGAUACUUAUAUAUAUCUCAUUGCAUAGAAGGAUCAGUUUGCUGCUAUACAGAAAGAUUUCUCACUGUCAUAAUGUCAUUAGAGACUAG